CUGUUAUUAAGACAGAGAUUGAGAGAGAAAAGGCAUGUUUGUCGGAAUGAAGACAGAGCAAAUCUCAAUCUUCUUUUCUCUCCUUCUUCCUAUAAUCAUUUUCUUACCAAAUGCCCCCAAAACUCUCUUUCUUUCCUUCUCCUGCAAUCCUCAUCUCUCUCUCUCUCUCUCUGCCCUUAAUCUCUUCCUUUAAGAUAAUUUGAGUGAUUAAGGGAGAGAAGACAGAGAGAUUCUAUUUCCUCUUCUUCCUCUCGGAUGGCUUCUUCCCCUGAAUCUGCUCCUCCUCCGUCAAAUUCAAGCUCUUCUCCAUCUCCACCGUCUAAUUCCAACUCAACCUCCUCUUCUCCGCCGUCUCCCUCUCCUCCUUCUCCUACGCAAGGAGACUUGUCGCCUCCACCUCCUGAUCCCACCUCUCCACCAUCUCCACCAGCUCCACAAACUCCUUCUCCUCCCAAUUCCAACAAUAAAUCUCCUCCUCCACCGAGAGCGGGAGGAGGAGAAACAGGGAAUGACGGUGGUAACAAUCCCCCACCGUCACGUGGCUCCCCUCCUUCUCCACCUUCUAGGAGUGGAGAUAACAAUGGUAGCAGAUCGGGAGACAAUGGCGGCUCUAGCUCCGACAAUCCUCCGUCUACCGGUGGUAGCAGUGGAGGAGGAGGAAAUAAUACGAAUACAGCGAUCAUAGUAGGUGUAUUAGUUGGAGCUGGACUAUUGAUGAUUGUGCUUAUUGUUGUGUGUCUUAGAAGAAAAAAGAAGAGAAAAGAUAACUUCUACGCUGACUCCAUGAAAGGGAAUCAAUAUCAAUACUAUGGAAACAACAACAACAACAAUGCUUCACAGAAUUAUCCAAAUUGGCACAUAAACUCCCAAGGCCAAAACCAACAACCUCCUGGUGGUUGGGGAGGCGGUGGACCAUCACCGCCUCCUCCUCCUCCGCGUAUGCCCACAAGUGGAGAUGAUUCAUCCUUGUAUUCAGGCCCGGCACGCCCGGUUUUACCUCCUCCUUCACCUGCUCUAGCACUCGGAUUCAACAAAAGCACUUUCACUUACCAAGAGCUCGCGGCUGCGACUGGAGGGUUUUUGGAUUCUAACCUCUUGGGACAGGGAGGAUUCGGGUACGUCCAUAAAGGCGUGUUGCCUAACGGGAAAGAAGUCGCGGUCAAGAGUUUGAAAUCCGGUAGCGGACAAGGAGAAAGAGAGUUUCAAGCUGAGGUUGAUAUCAUUAGCCGUGUGCAUCAUCGGUAUCUUGUUUCUUUGGUUGGAUAUUGCAUAGCUGAUGGACAGAGAAUGUUGGUUUAUGAGUUUGUUCCUAACAAUACUUUGGAAUAUCAUCUUCAUGGGAAGAAUCUUCCGGUAAUGGAUUUCUCAACCAGGAUGCGUAUAGCCUUAGGUUCUGCGAAAGGACUCGCUUACCUUCAUGAAGAUUGCCAUCCUCGGAUCAUUCACCGUGACAUCAAGUCUGCAAACAUUCUCUUGGACUUUAACUUUGAUGCAAUGGUGGCUGAUUUCGGAUUGGCUAAGUUAACUACUGAUAACAAUACUCAUGUAUCUACUCGUGUGAUGGGAACUUUCGGAUAUCUAGCUCCAGAGUAUGCAUCUAGCGGUAAAUUAACAGAGAAGUCCGAUGUUUUCUCGUUCGGCGUCAUGUUAUUGGAACUAAUCACUGGAAAGCGACCGUAUGAUACUAGCAGCACCAUGGACGACACUUUAGUAGAUUGGGCUCGUCCUAUCAUGGUUCGUGCGUUAGAAGAUGGAAACUUUAAUGAGCUCGCAGAUGCAAGGCUUGAAGGAAACUACAGUCCGCAAGAAAUGGCUCGAAUGGUGACUUGUGCUGCUGCUAGCAUUCGCCAUUCUGGACGUAAACGCCCUAAGAUGAGUCAGAUAGUAAGAGCAUUAGAAGGAGAAGUGUCACUGGAUGCUUUGAACGAAGGUGUGAAGCCAGGACAAAGCAACAUAUACGGGACAUCGGGAACAAGCUCGGAUUAUAGUCAGAUAUCUUACAACGCAGACAUGAAGAAAUUCAGACAGAUAGCUUUGUCGAGCCAAGAGUUCCAAAGCAGUGAUAAUGACGGAUCGUCUAGUAAUGAUUCACGAGAGAUUGGAACUAAAAGUCAUACUCCUCAUCAGUGAGAUCGAUGAUAAAAGAUUGGAUUUUUCGAGGGUUCUGUGACUAGAACCAUGCAUAUGUAUAAGCUAAAAGCAAUACCAUUGUUAUGUUUUAGAUUGUUCCCUACGUAUAUGAUUCGAUUUUUAUUUUGUUUUGAUUUGAUUCCAUUCUCAAACACACGAACCUUCUAAUAUUGUUGGAUUUUUGGAUUGUUGAAGUGACAAGCUUUUUAAUUUUUUUUGGCCUUAUGCUGUUCUUGAUGAACCGGAAAUGAAUUGUUCCCUCC